AUCAGUCCCCUAGAUAAACUGAAUACAAAAGAAUGGAUUAUGUCUAACUUUGAUGGUUGGGAAAGCAAGAAGAAACUUGUCCCAUUGUUGAGAGAGGAGGAUAUGUGCAGCUUAAUGCACAGGGAGGUCCCAGAUUCCCAAACAAUGCCAGGUGCAUUACUCAAAGAGAAGUGUGUGUAAAAUCCAAGUCAACUCAGGUUGUUAAGCUAAGAGUUUAUUUAACUCUCAAAUAAAAGAGCAAGAACUUGGAAUCACCUGGUCCAGACCCUAAGAACCAGUGGUAGGUAGACACAUUUGAGGGGGACACAAGUGCCACAGCACUCACGUGCAGGUCAGAGGACAAUAUCGGGGAUUUGGUGCUCACCUACCAUGUGGAUCCCAGGGGUGGAACUUGGGUCGUAGUGCUAGACAGUAAGUACACUUACCUUCUCGGCCAUCUUGCAGGUCCAAGGAUAUAAUUUAAAAAAGACACACACACACACACACACACACACACACACACACACACACACACACCCUGUAUAUAAGAAUGGCUGCUGAUGUGAGAGGGAAAGAGAGACGGGGGGAGAGAGAACGAAAGAAAGAAAGAAAAAUAAAUAACAGGACCAGUUUGGGGGACUCAACUUCUGCAAUUAAUAUCCGUACAGAAAAUGAGCUUUUAAAAUGAAAGAAGAAAGAUCAUGAAAUAAAUAAUUGGAGGAAAAUCCUCUGUGGGUAGAGGUUAGGUCGGAAUGAGAACACACUUCAGUGGCAUUGGCGGGACUGGAGAAAAGGCUCCGUGGUUAAGAACACUUAUUGUCCAUCCAAAGGACUCAAGUUCAAUUCCUAGCGCCUGUGUGGAGGUGGCUCAUGAACAUCUUUAACUCCAUCUCCAGGGGACCCAACAGCCUCCUUUGGAACAUAUACACAGACCCACACAAUAACCCUCUCUCGCUAGGUCAAAGUACAGUCCUUUCCCAACGACCUUAUUGUAGAACUGGUAGCACUGUAGUAACACAUUGAUCAUGUCUAUCAUAUCUGCUGGUGGUAGGCGUGCUGUGUAAGAGGUUCAUUCAUAUUAAAACCCCAUCGACUGCAGGAGUGUGACUCUUUGCCUUGGCCCAAAUUUCCAAACUUAAGCUCUUCCCAAAUAAUAAACAAGGAAAAGACAAAGUGGGACUAGAUUUGUGCUGGGGGGAUACUUUGAGUGGAGAGAAAGGGAACACGUGCUUGCACCUCUUAUUUCUAAGACGCACAACCAGGCAACUAGUUCAUACAAGCCUUAAGACCCGAGUUGUGGAGAUGGAAAAAAAGGGACCUUGUCAUCGAAAGAAAGACACAGCAACUGAGCAAACAGUUCAUAAACGCGGACGCCUGCAUCCAAGGAAAGUUCCCACAGCCAGGCUCCCAGGCGCUCCUUCUUGCAAGCCUUUUUCUGCAGGUGUUACAGGUUUGUUCACUUCCGUUUCUUCAGAGUCUGUUCUUCAGCGAUCACACACACUGGCAUUUCCAUCCUUUAGGCACGAGCCUAGUUUUCUCUAAAGAGCACAAGAUCUGAUUUUUCUCCUUUUUAUUCGGAACCCAGCAGCUGAGUCAGCGAUCUGCCCGGGCGGGGACCCCAGCUCCGCCCCUGCCCGCCCUCGCGCCCUUGGGUCCCGGGCUCCCGGGAUCUGGAAGGACUUCACGCAGCCGGCGUGGAUCUCCGCCUCUGGACCGGGAAUGUGGAGUCCAGGCCCGGUUGAGCGUCUGCUGUCUGCGCAUCCAGUCCGCGGCGGUUGAACCCCGAGUCGCCGGCGAACCGAAGCAGCCAGCGGCUCAUGGACACAGCGGAGUCCCGGGCUCCUGCGGGGACAGGAGAUGAUGGCUGUGGAGGAAGUCCAGGAGAGACAUCCAGGAGACUUUCACGAGAACAGCUUUGUGUACUGGUGUCGGCAGCUUCCUUAAACUUGGGGUGCAUGAUGGCCUAUUCCAUCCUUGGACCGUUUUUCCCCAGGGAGGCACAAAAGAAGGGGGCCAGCAACACCAUGAUUGGGAUGAUCUUUGGAUGCUAUGCUUUAUUUGAGUUGGUGGCAUCGUUAGUGUUUGGAAAAUAUCUUGUACAAAUUGGAGCCAAAUUUAUGUUUAUAUCCGGAAUGUUUAUCUCAGGGGGAGUUACAAUUCUCUUUGGUGUCUUGGACCAACUUCCAGAUGGACCCAUAUUUAUUGUCAUGUGUUUUCUGAUGAGACUAGUAGAUGCCAUAGGCUUUGGUGCAGCCAUAACAGCAUCGUCCUCUAUCCUCGCAAAGGCCUUCCCAAAUAACGUGGCUACUGUGCUGGGAGGCCUUGAGGUUUUUUCUGGACUGGGGCUGUUAGUAGGUCCCCCUUUAGGUGGCUUUUUGUAUCAGUCCUUUGGCUAUGAGGUGCCUUUUAUCCUUCUGGGGUGCAUAGUUCUGUUGAUGAUACCACUCAACCUCUGUAUUUUGCCCAGUUAUGAGUCGGAUCCAGGUGAACACUCCUUCUGGAAACUUGUCUCAUUACCCAAGGUCGGUCUCAUAGCCUUCGUCAUCAUCUCCCUCAGCUCUUGCUUCGGCUUCCUCGAGCCAAUCCUCUCUCUCUUCAUCUUGGAGAAGUUCAAUUUGCCAGUUGGAUACGUGGGACUGGUCUUCCUGGGUCUAGAUCUGUCCUACACCAUUUCGUCACCACUGCUUGGUCUCCUCAGUGAUAGGAUGCCUAAUCUCAGGAAAUGGUUUCUGAUUUUUGGAAACUUAAUCACAGCUGGGUGCUACAUGCUCUUAGGACCUGUCCCCAUUUUGCACAUUAAAAGUCAGCUCUGGCUCAUGGUGCUGGUGUUAGUCGUACAUGGCGUCUCUGCUGGAAUGACUAUCAUCCCCACUUUCCCAGAGUUACUCAGUUGUGCACAUGAAAAUGGGUUUGAAGAGGGAAUAAGUACGCUGGGACUUGUAUCUGGUCUUACUGGCGCCGUGUGGUCAGUUGGUGCUUUCAUGGGACCAGUGCUGGGCGGAUUUCUGUAUGAGAAAAUUGGUUUCGAGUGGGCAGCAGCUAUACAAGGCCUAUGGGCUCUCAUAAGUGGACUUGCGAUGGGCUUAUUUUAUCUCUGGGAGCAUUCAAAGACCAGAAGAAGAUCUAAAGCUCAGAACAUCACUGGCACAGAGGAGGAACACGCUGCUCUCUUGUCCUAUGAAACCUAGCCUCGCAAGCUCUGGAUUGGUGCAGAUGGGUGCCUCAGCUGUGACAGCAACGGAGGUCCAUGCUUCCUGGACUUGAACCCUGGAAAUGUCAAGCUGCUUUUAGACGACCCUGCACUGGGCUGCCCUUACUGUAGUUCGGAACAUCUAUGAGAAAGGGAAAACCAGCAGAAGCUGGUGUUUCUAAAUGACCCGCCUUACCCCUGAGGGUGCUGUUACUGACUCUCUUUGUCUUUCUUAUUCCUGUGUUUGCUUUUCAUUCUAAGUUCAUCAAUUCUCUGAAUGUACUUCUUAAAAUUAAUAUGUGAAGAAAUGAAACUAUUUCAUACACAUUGAACAUAUACAAUAGAAUGAAUAAUUUUAUGAAAUCAGUGUUGAAAAAUGUGUUUUCUCUGCACUGAGAUUUUUUUUUUUUUUUUUUUUUUUGGUUUUUCGAGACAGGGUUUCUCUGUGUAGCUUUGCGCCUUUCCUGGAACUCACUUGGUAGCCCAGGCUGGCCUCGAACUCACAGAGAUCCGCCUGGCUCUGCCUCCCGAGUGCUGGGAUUAAAGGCGUGUGCCACCACCGCCCGGCUGCACUGAGAUUUUUAUACCCAUUAAAAAGGCAAAAUUCCUGCCUGCCACAUAAAAACUCCCGAGUGUUCCUUGGCUUUCAGGUUUUCUAAAAAUGUUUCUGUGGAAGGUGCAAAGGAAAAAUUAAUAAUGAUACAUGUAAUUUUCAUUUUGUGACAUUUUCAAUUAUGGUAUGUAUUUAUAAUCAUUAUUUGGCAUAACAUUAUUCUUUUCCAAUCUCAGUAUCUCUUUGUUUUAGUCCAACAAUUUAUGUUUGUUUAUUGUGUUUAGUACUUUUCAUACUCUUGGAAGAUGGGUUCCAUCACUGGACACUGCCUGCCUGCACCCCUCUCCCCCGCCCCAGCUAUGAGUACAUGCUACAUGUUGGAGGGAUACUCCUCUAGCUUCAUGUAAAAUCCUUGCUGCAACCUAAAGUGAGAACAUCAACUUUGUACCUCCUGAUUCAUUUUCUUAUUGUAGUAGUUACAUUUCUUUUCUAAGAGAAUAAAUAAUUUUGUCUAGCUA